CCGCAAGAUGCGCGGUAAGGGCAGCAGGAAAGAGAGCCUCUCCGAUUCCCGGGACCUGGAUGGUUCCUACGAUCAGCUAACGGGCAACCCACCUGGCCAUGCUAAAAAAGCCCUGAAGCAGCGGUUCCUCAAGCUGCUCCCCUGCUGCCGUCAGCCCAAAUCCAUCCCCUCAGUCAGCGAAAAUAGUGUAGAAGAUGAAUUUGAACUCUCUACUGUUUGUCACCGGCCUGAGGGCCUGGACCAGCUACAGGAGCAAAGCAAAUUCACCCGAAAGGAGCUGCAGGUGUUGUACCGGGGCUUCAAGAAUGAGUGCCCUAGUGGCAUUGUUAAUGAAGAGAGCUUCAAGCAGAUCUACUCACAGUUCUUCCCACAGGGAGAUUCCAGUACAUAUGCAACAUUCCUUUUCAAUGCAUUUGACACUGACCAUGAUGGCUCUGUCAGCUUUGAGGAUUUUGUGGCUGGCUUGUCCAUUAUUCUGCGUGGCACUGUAGAUGAUCGGCUCAAUUGGGCCUUCAACCUCUAUGACCUGAACAAAGAUGGCUGCAUCACCAAAGAGGAAAUGCUGGACAUAAUGAAAUCCAUUUAUGACAUGAUGGGCAAGUACACAUAUCCAGCCAUGCAUGAAGAGGCACCUCGGGAACAUGUGGAAAACUUCUUCCAGAAAAUGGAUCGAAACAAAGAUGGUGUGGUGACUAUUGAAGAAUUCAUUGAGUCCUGCCAGAAGGAUGAAAACAUCAUGAAUUCCAUGAAGCUUUUUGACAAUGUGAUCUAGCUGGCUGCUCCUGGAGCCCAGACCUUCACACACACACCCCCAGGACUUCUCUCCUUGGCGUACUCCUCUGAGGCACUCUUCUCUU